GUGGUCAAACACUCUCAGUCUUCUUCACCACCACGGUUGGCGGUGCGAAGGGCUGGUGCAGCGUCUCGUCUGAAAUAUCUAACAUGGCAACGCGUUGUGUCAUCCUGCUCGGGCCACCGCAUCCCCAUGCCCGUCUUCAUUCCCUCGUCCGCUGGGGACGGGGAUGGCGUUUGCGUCAAGGUGGUUGGGCGCUCGCCACCGUCGCUGCUGCUUGCGGUGCCAGGGCAAGCGCCGAGAAGAAGAGAGAUGCGGCCAAGGGCACCGCGUCUGCAUUUGCGGACCAUCUGACCAGGCGGACGCGUUCGGGGGCCGGCUUCGACCGGUACCUCUACCGGCGCUACGCGGACGCCACAGGGGGCUACGCCCACGUGCCCGUCAUGCUGGGCGAGGUGCUCGAUGUCUUACGCCACCUCCGCCUCCGCUCCUUCGUCGACUGCACCCUCGGUGCUGCAGGCCACUCCGCCGCCAUUAUAGAGGCGCAUAGAGAGCUGGAGCUGUAUGUCGGUCUGGACGUGGAUCCCAUCGCCCAUGACAAGGCUCGAGCUCGGAUCGAAGACCUCCUAAAUGAUGAUCCUCGCGCCGGCAGCUUGAAAGCUUACACCCAUGUCCGGAAUUUCAAGUACAUACAGUCCGUGCUUGGCGGCAUCGACGAGAACCUCCUCGAGGGCGGAGUCGACGGGAUCUUGAUGGACUUAGGAAUGUCAUCCAUGCAGGUGGGCAAUUCCGACAGAGGAUUCAGUGUGCUUGGCGAUGGGCCUCUGGAUAUGCGGAUGAACCCUCAGGCAAGCUUGAAAGCGGAGGAUAUCUUGAAUUGUUGGCCUGAUAUUGAGGUGGGACGGAUAUUGCGUGAUUAUGGAGAGGAAAGCAAUUGGCGUUUGCUUCAAAAACAAAUUGUGGAUGCCCGUGCGGAUGGGGGAUUGCAUUCUACAGGUCAGCUUGUAGAUCUCGUGCGGAGUACAUCUGCCAGGUCAGGAGGAAGGCGUGGUUGGAUCAAGACUGCGACCCGGGUAUUUCAAGCCCUCAGGAUAGCAGUUAAUGAUGAACUCCAGACUCUAGAAGAUGCUAUAUACGCCUGCUUUGAUUGCCUUUCCUCUGGUGGUCGGCUUCUUGUCAUCUCUUUCCACAGUUUGGAGGACAAAAUUGUGAAGCGGACGUUUCUUCACAUCAUUGAGAAGAAGGGUGAAGGACAUUUGAGUGCUGAGGGUGGUAAGGGCCGGAGGGAGGAUGAGACUGAUGGUGGAGGAGAAACGUGGAGUAGGCAUAGAGUUCAGGGAAGGCAUGGUACCGUUCUGACAAAGCGGCCGAUAACACCUUCAAAGGAAGAAGAGAAAUUAAAUCGAAGGUGUCGAAGUGCUAAGCUUAGAGUUAUUCAGAAGCUCUGAACAGCAAUGUUUUUAUGAGCAACAGCAUUUAUUUGUACCCAUACUGACGGAGCUUUCUCGAGUUUGUCAUAUGUUAUUCUAGUGCCCUUUUUGGCUACUGUGGAUGAAUCUGAUCGUAUCUGUGGCAAUAAAUUAUGUUUUAACUUUUUAUUAAUUA